AUGGUGAACACCAUUAAUGAUCAGACUGUCAGUCUUAAUAAUACUGAAAGCAUUAUGCCUACUCAUUAUCUACAUGAGCUUCCCAAUGAAGAUGAACUUAAUUUGGCUAAAUUAUUUGAAUCGCUUGAUAUGGACAAGAACGGUGAAGUUGACGUACUUGAUUUGUCUAGUUCAUUGCAUGAUAAAGAAUAUGCUCAAUUUUUAGAACUAUCUGAUGCAUACAAGAGUGGUUCAAUUACAUUAGCUGAAUUUAUAAAUUACGUUAAAGAAUAUGAAAAAACAUUAAAGCUAAGUUUUUCAAACAUUGACAAAAACAAAGAUGGGAAAAUUGAUCAAUAUGAACUUAUAAGAGCUUUUCAAGAAUUGGGAAUAGACAUUGACGUCACUGAAACUGUAAAACUUCUUAAAAGGAUGGAUAAAGAUGGUAGUUUAGAAAUAAGCUUUGAAGAAUGGAGAGAUUUUUUACUUUACUGCCCACAUACACACUUACACAACUUAAUUAAAUAUUGGAGGCAUUCAGCUUUAAUAGACUUUGGAGAAGAUAUGAAUGUUCCUGUUGAUUUCACUCAAGCUGAAAUGCUAAAAGGGAUGUGGUGGCGGCAUCUUGUAUCUGGUGGUGUGGCUGGAGCUGUCUCAAGAACUUUUACUGCACCUUUGGAUAGACUUAAAGUAUUCUUACAAGUGUAUGGCAAUCAACAUAGCAAUAUAACAACUUGUUUCAAAAGUAUGUUAAAAGAAGGAGGCAAACUAGGUAUGUGGCGUGGAAAUGGUAUAAAUGUACUCAAGAUAGCUCCAGAGUCUGCGUUCAAAUUUAUGGCUUAUGAACAAGCGAAACGCAGGAUUCAAGGUUCAAGAACUACAGAUUUAACAAUAUUUGAAAAAUUUUUUGCCGGAUCACUCGCAGGAGGUUUUAGUCAAUCAUUAAUUUAUCCCCUAGAGGUUUUAAAAACAAAAUUAGCCAUCAGCAAAAGUAAUCAGUAUAAGGGUAUAUUUGAUUGUAUCCAAAAAAUUUAUUACCGUGAAGGUAUACGAAGUUUUUACAGGGGUUAUGUACCCAACCUUUUAGGUAUACUUCCUUACGCUGGUAUUGACCUUGCAGUUUAUGAGACAUUAAAAAAUAAGUAUAUCGCUUCACACAAUGAUGGCGAAAAACCUGGAAUGCCAUUAUUGUUAGCUUGUGGUACUGUAUCUAGUACUUGUGGUCAGGUAUGUUCAUACCCUUUAUCUCUUGUCCGUACACGUCUUCAGGCACCUAAUUUCGAAGGUCCCGAUACAAGGACAAUGAUGUCAGUAUUUAGAGAAAUUUGGGUAAAAGAAGGUAUCCCUGGAUUGUACAGAGGUAUCACUCCAAAUUUUAUUAAAGUAGCGCCCGCUGUUAGUAUAAGUUAUGUUGUUUAUGAAAGAUGCCGUGAAGCACUUGGAGUUUCUAUGUUGUAA